CAGGACUCGACCGACGACAAAGAUGUGGAGCUUUCUUCUCGUGUUCUCGGCUGCGAUCGCCUGGUCAGCUUCAUCACCAGCCUGGCGACCUUGUGGCGACUUCCCGUGGGGCUUCCCGUGGAGCUGUGACGACUACUACAAUGCCUUCUCACACGUCGGAGAGCUACAAGGACGAUGUACUGUGCGCUGUCCCGUGGAGGACGACAUGUUGGUUGGUCCACCCUAUCGUGCGAAUGACGUGAUCGACGACGGAGCGUACUACUGCAAUGUGGGUAACAGCACAUGGAUGGGAAUAGAACCCGUGUGUCUGGGUCACUACGACAACUCUACCGUGAUCACCAGCGGCUCCAAUAGGAUCCGGUUGGUGGGAGGAGAGUUCUACGGCUGUGUGGAGCUGUACGACGACGUCACGCAGCAGUGGGGGCCUGUCAGGGGGUGGGACAUAUUUUCCUAUUCGCCUACUCAUUACGAAGCUAGGAUGGCCUGGGCCGACUUGGCUUGUAGAAACUUGGGCUUCAGGGAGGGGCUUGCCACAGCCGCAUAUAAGUUAUCAAAUGGAUUCGUCGACGUCAGUUACUCAUGGCUUCCCCCUCUCCCAUAUCACUACCAACCGUCCUACCCCUCCACUGUCCCCAAGUUCAUCGUGUCCCAGUCCCUUCCCCAGGGGGAGGGGGCGACUCUGUAUGACGCCAUAGACGGGGUGGUGCGGGGACCCUGUCCGUCUUACGACGAUGACUGUAGCAAUGACUACUACACCAUGUGUCUGGCCUGUGCAGGAGAACAGGACCACGAUGUUCAAACAUACCCACCCCCACCAGAGACGACAACAGACGCGCCCGGACCACCGCCAAACGGUUGUGAAUACGAGGGGCAGUUCUACCCAACGGGAGCUAUAAUACAUGAGCGUCCAGGCUGUUACGGGUACAUUAUAUUCUGUGAAUACGGCGACAUAGGUAUUGGGGACUACUUUGGAUUCGGGUGUUGCGAGUACAACGGACGGGACUAUGAAGACGGGGAAACCAUCACCAGACCGGACGGUGUGAUCUGUCGCUGUGAGGGGGACGACAAUUUGGAAUCUGUUCCCAUGACCUGCGAAGAAACAACACCACCGCCGACAACACCGCCGCCGACAACACCGCCGCCGACAACACCGCCGCCGACAACACCACCGCCGACAACACCACCGCCGACAACACCACCGCCGACUACACCACCGCCGACUACACCACCCCUGACAAAACCACCGCCGACAACACCACCGCCGACGACACCGCCGAAGACAACACCACGCGGUUGCGAGUACAAUGGACAGUACUAUGAAGACGGAGAGACCAUCAUCACAGCUGACGGGGUGACCUGUUACUGUGAGGGGAGCGACACUUAUGAACCUGCCCCCAUGUUCUGCGAAGUGUCUUUAAGCCAAGAAUGUUACCAGUUCUCGUCCACCGCUCUAACCCAUCAAGAGGCGUCACAUGCCUGCAGCACCGAUGGCGGCCGCUUGGUGGACGUGAGAGACGACCAGCAGCAACGUUUCCUCGCUGACAUGAUCGCGGCCUCUACAGGCGCUUCCAGCUGGCUCGCCAUGAAAACUGCACCCACAGAAAUUCUCAACAGUGACGGAUCAGCUGUUUCAGAGCAACUUCAGUGGUCUUCAAGUGAACCAGCCACUCCCUGUGACCUGUGUGUUCUCCUGGACAGCUCAGACAGCUUUCUGGCCCUAACAGCACCGUGUACGGAACAGCACAACUACGUCUGCCAGUCCGCUAAGGUGCCGUGUGAACCAAACGUGUGUCAGAACGGCGGAAACUGCACCUCCUGCUUCAACGGCUCCAGCACCUUCUGCGACUGUCCUGAUGGGUUCGAGGGCGAGUUCUGUGAAAUCAACAUUGACGAGUGUGCCUCCGAUCCGUGUCAAAAUGGCGGAACCUGUCAGGACAGGAUCAACUCCUACAGCUGCAGCUGUCCUACAGGAUUCGAAGGGGACCACUGCGAAUCGGACAUAGACUGGUGCUCCCAUGACCACGUCCAGUGUCCGUUCGGCUGGUCCUGCCGGGAUGACAUUUCUUCCUUUGAAUGCUACGAUCCUAACCCCAUCGUUCGAAGGAGCCCUUACGAGUGCAGCAGCGCCUCCUGUCCAGUGGGCAUGUACUGCACUGAGAAGGGUGCCGCAUCUUUCUACUGCACCGCUGAGUGACGUCAGAGUAUGACCCUUCUUAACAGCUCAAGGCUGACGCGCUUUCAGAACUAAGCUUCGCCUUGAUACUGAUUUUGAUUAAAGAUAAUAGAUCAAUCGGAUUCUUAGGUUUUUGUCAUUUGACUUGUCUCUGGGGGACGUACUAAGUUCUUCAUAGUAAUUGUUAUGGUUAUGCUGUCGACAUUACCCUCAAAAUAACGGUUGUCAAUUUGUAAUACCCACAUAAAAAAAACUCCAUGCAGAUUUAUCCGUUGCAUAAGACAGUAUUAAAAUCCGGCCAAGCAAUGUCUAAUCCAACAAUUGGACAAUGCUAUUAGAAAUAGCGAAUGGCUGGCUUUUAAUAUUGUUUUAAGCCGCUGGCAAAUAUGCUUGAUUUAUAUAGACACUGUUUGGCCAACUGUUUUAACUGCCCUGUCUUUGGUAGAUCUGCUUGAAGAUUAAUAACUUAAAGCAAUAUCACCACAUUACACCUGUAUAAAUUGUUGCAUAUUCUUGAGUCAUGUGGCCAAAGCACGUCUGUAUCAUAUAUCCUCUACCACCACACGGUAAAAAAAAAAUACACAAUGAGUAAAAAAAAACCAACUCAAAUAGUAUUGAGAUUCAUGAUUGUGUAUUCAAGAGCAAACAAAAAAGAAAAUUGAACAGCAACUCAUUAUGAGAACAAAGUUGUUUUACAGAUACCAUGAUUUAAGUCAUUGCACAUAAAACAUAUUGUUUUAACAAUAUUUUGGCACACAAUCAGAUAAAAUAAAAUGCACACAGCUCACAAUUAUUUGGCCCACAAUGUGUAUGAAGAUACAGGCUGAACAAAAGAGAGUGUCAUCUUUAAGGAAUAGUCAUUCAAAAAAGUAAAGACUUUUAGGAAAGUUUAAGAAUAAAAAUUUCGUUCUUAUAACUUCAGUCAAUAAUCCUGUCAGUGAGCUUCAAAAUAAGCAGAAACAAGCAGCAACAGCACUAAAUUCUAGUGGCAAUGAAGAAGAGUAAGGGAUGUUACCUGAAAUGUCUGGAGGUAAACCUCCAUUAUUAUCCAGUUGUAGAGAUUGAAUUGAAUUUGAAUAUUGUUUACCUGGAUGUCUAACUUUUAAAGCAGCAACAGCAGUUUGCAUAAUAUGAUGCUUCCAACAAACUUUUUUGAUCCCCAAACAUUAAAUUUUAUAGGGAAAGCUAAACCAUGUUCAAAAAGUCUGCUGUCAAAAGUCCUUUCAUCUGUAAAUCUAAGAUGGAAUUGGUUAUCUGUAAAAUUUGUCCAAUAUCUCACCACAAAAUCAAACUAUAGCACUUAAAUUAUCAUUCCUUUCAGAAAUCAUGAUCAUAUAUUGUCGCUUGGAAAAACACCUAUCACUAAAAGUUGCAUUGCUUUUGCAUUUCUUCUAGCCUUAUGAAUUGUUGCAAAUGAAACUAAAAGUUAGUGCACCGUUUGAUGGCACAAGCACCAUUACAUACACAAUAAAGUCAUUAUCAAGUUGUUCAUAUAUAUGCAAAUUCAAUAGAACAUAUCCACAAUUAUGUGAAUAAUUUGCUAUUUACAAGAAUCUUCACAAUGAAAGUAAAUGUUACUCUUUCAAGUUACUUACAAUCGAGUGCGAAUCCUUAUCAACUUUGCAAUCAAAUAUGUUUCCUUAUAUUAAUGUAAAUGCAUUAAUUAAUAAAUACAAUUCAUAGUUCUCCUCUGUUGUAACUUUAAAGAUACGACAUGCUGCAAACAUGAUUCUGUACUUUUAACUAUUUUAUGAAUUACAUGUAAGGAGAUGAAAAUGAAAGACAUUGGUUUAACAAAAAUUCCUUAAAAACCUUUAAGACAAUAAAGUGACAGAAAUAAGCAAGUUUUGCUUAUAAUAAGUCUUUAUGAUCUCUUUAAGAUUUCUAAGUGGCCUAUGUCACAAAUUUGACUUAUAUUGACAUUUUCUGCAAAAUUUUCUUGACCUUUAUAAGGCUGAUGUCACAUUUUCAAACCUGGGCCCGACAGGGCUUUUUGUGGAAAUUAAAAAUAGAAAUCUGUUGUAAUCAAUAAUUCUACAAAUAAUGCCCAUAACGACUCCCUUUACGUGUUGUAUAGUGUGAUGCCUUUUAUAUCAUACUUUCCAUUCGCAAAAGCUGCCUGGCAGGGCCCCGGUUACGAACUAUGACAAAGGCCUAAGUACUGUAAAUGCAUUCAAGUUCACGGGGAUUUGAUUUUGUGGUAGUACCAUGCACUGUAGUCUCUUACUGUCAUGGGAAAAUAUUUGAGGUGGUUGUAAGUUUGUGGUGAGCCGACCACCAUGAAAACCGCAAACAUUAAACCAACGCAAAAGUUUCUGCAUUUACAGUAAGUGGCUGAAAAAUCAGGCUUCACU